AUCUCGAUAUUUCUUUUUUUUUUGCCCCAGGUAAACUUAUAACUUGUGCGUGCAGUACUGAUGAUUGUCAGGAGCAAAGGACAGACCGAUGCAACACAACUAGCAUGUGUUAUACGCAAUACCUCGAUCGGCACGACGGCACGAACCCGAUUUUGAGAGGUUGUAUCAGUAGUAGGACCCCACUAUUAUGCGAAAAUAGAAGACCAGCGGUUAUGAAUGCUAAUUGGCCCGUACUCGUAUGUUGCAGUACCAAUAUGUGCAAUCAGGAUGCGGUACCCACGACUCCGGUGUUGAAACCUACGGAGAAGAUUCAAGAAGCAAACAAAACCGAAUCGGUACCUUUGAUUACAAAAAAUAACACGAAAACCAACGAAAAGAACGCUAACAAUCCUAUAACUUCAGACCCGACCGAAACUAGUUCUGUUGCAUUUUUUAAUCCAAUGUACAUCGCCAUUAUAAUGGUAUCUGCUAUAAGUCUAUUGGCGGUCAUUAUAGUUAUUUACUUAUUUUGCCGCAAGGGUCGUCCUUUUCAUCCCGACUGCACGGUCGUCCAGAGAAAUUCAUACUUAAAAGGUCACCAUCAAGUUACAAGAGAAGACUCCGAGUUACCUCUACCUCUUCCCAGAUCUAAUGGUAUUUACGAUAACAAAAUGGCUGUCAAUACGUGAUAAUUACAACUCCAGCAAAAGAUACAAACACAUUAAUUUCAGUCAAAACAAGUGAAAGUGUCAUCGUUGUUCUGGAAUAUCAGAAUUGUACCAAAGAUCUGCAACUCAGAUUUUGAAAUAUUUUCCAUUCCAGAGAUGUUAUUCGUGGAAGAACCACAGUAGAUGACCAUUCCUAUAAUUUAAAAACGUUCAUCCACACUUGCGCACAAAAUGUGGUAUGUUAAUGUUCCUAAUUACUUCAUACCUCGUUGCGCUUUCGGAGUGCCACACGGACUCUAGAAGAAAAUUAUAUAAAAUAUUUAUAAUUAUCUGCACCCUUUUUUUUGUCCAGAAAGUAGAAAAAAGUAUGGUGCUGUAGGUGUUUUACUUUAAAAUUUUGUUUUUUUUUUAUAUUCAAGAAACUCGGACAAGCGUGCAAUGGUUAAUUUAUGAGAACACUCCCACUUGUGCUGUUUGUUCUGAUAUAUUUUUAUUAUACUUUUUGUGUAUACGUGUGUGUGGUGUGUGUGUGUGUGUGUGUGUUUAUGUACGCGAUUUCGAUAUUUAUGACACGUCUGUAUAAAAAGAUGAUAAUAAUAAUAAUAAUAUUAAUAAAUAUCCGUUUAUUAUUGUGUUUAUAUUCAAUGUAAUAAUAGCAUUAUGUAAAUAAUCCUUAGAUAAAAAAUAAUAAUAAUAAUAAAUUAUGUCUCCAAAUUUUUGUUAAUAUUAAAUGAAGUGAUUGUGUGUUUCGUUCGAGUCAUCUACUGUUUACGCUCAUCCAUUCUCCUUUAUAAUAUAUUAUUCAUUGCUGGACUUCGACUUGUUGUGGCUCUAAAUUAUAACGUAUAACAGGGUUUAUAACGUAAAAUGUAAGGCCCUAAGCUGCAAUUUGUGUAAACUCGACUCCUGGUAUAUUCCUUGUUAGUAACACAAUACAAUUUACUGUAAGAUAGUAUAAACUAAUUUCAAUAAUGCACAUAAAACUAAUGAUACUAUUGAUACUUUUUAAACAUUGUACAAGCUAGAUUAUAUUGUUCUUCUAUUGUAAAAUCCACUAAUAA